CGGAUUUUGAAAUGCAAUAAGAUGCCAUAACAGGAGAACUGAUUUGAAGAUAGGAACUCCUUUCUGGUGGAACUAUAACCAGGACAGGGGUCAUCUACAAAGCAUAUCCAGAUUUACAACCAGAAACUCGCAAAUAUUCAGACUUAAUCUUCUGUUCCCAACCUGAACUGCAGCCAAGGAUGACGCCAAUGGAUGCAAUUGACGGGGUGUCGCAACCGUGGAGAGAAUGGAAGGAAAAUCUACAACCAGCGCUUAUGUUCACAUUUGUAUUUUUAAUCUGUUUAGAAGCCUGUAUGUGGGUGAGAAGCCAUGGACAGAGAAAGACUCCACCUGGUCCUUUCAGGUGGCCUUUGGUGGGGAACGUGAUGCAGCUGGGGCAAAUACCACAUCUUACUUUUUGCAAGAUGGCACAGAAAUAUGGGAAUGUCUUUCAGAUCAGGCUUGGUAGUCAAGAUAUUGUAGUGUUGAAUGGAGAUGACACCAUUAGACAAGCUCUUGUGAAGCACAGCGCAGAAUUUGCGGGUAGACCAAACUUUACAUCGUUCCGGUUUGUUUCUGGGGGCAAGAGCAUGGCAUUUGGUGGGUACAGCACUCUGUGGAAGGUUCACAAGAGAAUUGCCCACUCGACUCUACGAGCCUUCUCCACAAUUAAUACAGAAACAACUAAACUUUUUGAACAGCAUGUGGUGGCAGAAGUUGAAGACUUGAUAAGAGUCUUCCUUCACCUGAGCUCCAGUGGUCAAUUCUUUGACCCAUAUCACGAGUGCACAGUGGCCGUUGCCAAUGUGAUCUGUGCCUUGUGUUUUGGGAAACGCUAUAGUCACGAUGACCAGGAGUUCAGAGCCUUAGUGGGGAGGAAUGACAAAUUCGUACAGACCGUGGGUGCUGGAAGUCUUGUAGAUAUAAUGCCGUGGCUUCAAGCGUUCCCGAACCCCGUGCGCAGCCUCUACCGCAGCUUCAAAGACCUCAACGUGGAGUUCUUUGACUUUGUGAAGGAAAAAGUAACUCAACAUCGUCAAACAUACAGUCAGAACAUUACCAGAGAUAUGAGUGACGCAUUUAUUAGUCACAUAGAGUAUGGAGCAGGGGCAGGAGACAGUCUCAGUAAGGACUAUGUGGAAGGGACUGUGUCUGAUUUGAUUGGGGCAGGGCAGGAUACCAACUCCACUGCUCUUUCUUGGAUAAUUCUGCUGCUUGUCAAGUAUCCCCACAUUCAGGUGAAACUGCAGGAGGAAAUUGACCUAGUGGUGGGACAUGACAGACUGCCCACUGUCGAGGACAAGGUUAAAUUGCCCUACGUUCAAGCCUUUAUAUACGAAACUCUGCGCUUCACUAGCUUUGUGCCCGUGACUAUUCCUCACUCCACAACGAGCGAUGUGAUCAUUGAUGGCUUCUACAUUCCAAAGGACACAGUGGUGUUUGUUAACCAGUGGUCAGUUAAUCACGACGAAGCCAAAUGGACAAAUCCAGGGAUCUUUGAUCCAGAGCGAUUUCUGGAUGAGAACGGAGAACUCGAUAGAGACAAAACAUAUGGAGUGAUGAUCUUCUCUUUGGGAAAGAGAAGAUGUAUUGGGGACCAGCUGUCUAUGUUGCAAAUCUUUCUCUUCACUUCCAUCAUGCUCCAUCAGUGUUCAUUUCACUCCCACCCAAGAGAAAAACUAACCAUGGACUAUAUCAAUGGCUUGUCACUGAAGCCACUUCCCUAUAAAAUCUCUGUAACUGCCAGAAAAAGUCCCCCUACGAUAGGAGUCCAAGCUGGAUACAGAACAUGGGACUAGGUUCAAACUGGGUCACUUUAGGUGUCAACCAGCCAGGCUUUCAUAUACAUCACUCAGCAUGUUAAGAGGCACAUUGUAUGGACAAUAAUGUAAAUAAAUCAAAAGAACUAUUUUAA